AUGUCAGCCAUAGACUACAAGACCCUUCCAUUCUCAGCAAAGGGUGGGGCUAAAGCCUCUAAAAGCCAGAACAAGAAUCUCCUACGGCUCCAGGCCUUUUUUAAAAAGAUCAUCGAUGCUUCGGUUGAGAACUGUCCUGUUCUUAUACGGCAAAUUGAGAAGAGGCUCAGAACAACAAGGAGAUGCAGGCCAGCUGUUAAAAUCUCAAAAGUAGUGAAGGAUCUUGAGGGAAGUACCAACAAGACACCUUUGAUAGUAGCGAAGAUUCUUGAUGACGAAACUAUCAUGGAGUUUCCUUCCAUUAAUCUUGUAGCACUUUCGUGGAGCAAGAGUGUCCAGAAGAAGAUAGAGGCCAACGGAGGAACUAUCUCAACACUUGAUCAGUUCAUGAAAGUGGCAGGCUCGCUUGAGAACAUUGUUCUUAUUUCGGGAGACAUAAAUAAGAGGAAAUCUGCCAAAUACUGGGGCCCAGCACCUGGCGAGAAAGGAUCCAAGACUUAUCCCAGGACUAACCACAAGACCAAGAACUGCGAGAAGCGCAUAAGAGCACCAAAGCCUUUAAAGUUUGAGGACGAAUCUGAUUAA